AGGCAGACGGGGGAGUGGUUCAAAAUUAAAGGGCCACCAAAACAAAACAGAAAUAUUUAUGUAUCCUAAUUCUCUAUUUAAUUUUUGAUUGUGCCCGAAAAACAAGCGAUCGCGAACUUAAAGGAAACAGUGCUUGAAUGCACGUCAAGCAUUUUGCAUAGGAAAGCUACAUAACUUUCCCAACAUGAAUAGUUCAAGAAUGGAUAUUCUUUGGGCACCGUCACACCCGGACAAAUUCGUCACUUGGGGCACAGAUAUUUACUUGUACGAGGUUUCUAUGCAAAGAGAAAUGCCGAAGCCGUCAUCUUUCAGGAUAUCAGCUUUUGCCAGUGCAAACCUUGUCUCGACCAUCACCAACCUCCAGUAUAUCAAAUGUGUGGCAAUACACCCACACACAGCCAGAGAGAUUCUCAUGGCUGCCGGAUUGGCAAACGGCAAAGUCGCUUUGACUGCCUUCGGACCUGUUGAAUUUGAUGCAAAGGGAUUAUCUGGAAAAGAAUUAAGUCCGAAACACGCAAGGCAGUGCAAUGCAGUGGCUUGGAAUCCAGUUGAAAGAUCAUUGUUGGUGUCAGGCCUGGACAAACACCGUGGUGACCACUCGGUUCUUUUAUGGGAUGCCGUUAAAUCGCCACAGAAACCUGUGGCAGAGUUUGGGUUGUCAGAAGUUAUCCAUUCUCUUGCUUGGGUUCAACAAAAUGUCAUUGCUGUCGGGAUGAAUAACAAGAAUAUAAAGAUCAUAGACAUACGAGAAGGAGCAAAGGUCGUUCCGAGCACAUCAACAAAAUCUGUCUACGGAAUUGCAGUCGACCCCCACAAUGACAAGCACAUCGCCUCUUGUUUUGAAAAUCAAAUCACUAUUUGGGACAUCCGCAACUUUGAAAAACCAAUCGUAACCGUAACUCAGUCAAAACCUGUUGCAAAACUCUCAUGGUGCCCAACAAGACACAACUUGUUGGGUACCUUGAACAGGGAUAGUUCAUCACUAUGUCUUUACGAUGUCCAGCAUGCAAUUGUGGGAGAUGAAGAAGAAACAGCUGCGAUCGAAAGAUUUGUCACUCCGGGACAAGCGGAAGUUGGCCUUGCGUCUUUUUGCUGGCAUCCACAGCAUGAAAACCGGCUUAUUGCCGUGUCUCAGUCAGGAAGGAUUCACGAUUAUACUGUGGCAGAAAGAGUGACUCUCAACUUUUCGCCGUCAAUGCACUUAGUCAGAACUGUUGGACGAAGGACCCUGAAGGUGAUAGACGAAUCAAACUCCAUGUAUAAAAACAUCGAUGACAUUGCUAAUAAGAUGAAGCAGAGGGCUCUAUCAGACUAUGGCCUGAUGGCUGAUUUAAAAGAAAACGGAGAUUUGGCUAAUGACGAAGGUUUGAAAAGACUUUGGUAUUGGCUCGGAAAUCAUCAGACCAAUUUAUCAGAAGAGAGCUCAUCAGAAAAUAGCCAUCCAGGUGUUCGAUCAGUGUUGAAACUGGAAGGCAGCACCCCUAAUGCAACCUGCCCUCGCUCUGACACGGUUUAUAUUCCUUGGAAUGACAUAAACACAACGAGCGCCUGCACUUAUCGAAGCGAGGAGAGAAAAGAGGCACUUCAGUUGUGCGGAUGGCCUGUUCAGGGAAGUCGAGAGGAAGUCAUUCAGUUUAUCAAUCAAUUGGAAGAAGACGGAUUUCCCACGCGAGCAGCCGCAAUUGCCAUAUUUCAUUUGCACAUCCGUCUUGCAAUUGACCUUUUGAACCGCAGCGCUUCUAAGGGGGCUCAGGGCAGCUUGCAGAUUGUAGCCAUGGCACUUUCAGGUUAUUCCGACGACAAAAGUAGUAUCUGGAGAGAUUUGUGCCAGCCUACAAAAACAAAUUUGAAUGAUCCUAAUUUGAGGGCCAUGUUUGCUUUCCUGACUGCAGACAAAGAAAACUUUGAUUCAGUCUUGUAUGAGUCUGGAAUGGCAGUAGAAGACAGGGUUGCGUUUGCCCUAACAUUUUUGUCCGAUCUGAAACUUUCGGAAUACAUUUCUAAGCUCACUACUCAACUAACGGCAGAUGGAGAUUUAGCCGGACUUAUAUUGACUGGUACAAGCAUUGACGGAUUAGACUUGUUGCAGCGUUACUUAGACAUUACAGGAGACAUUCAGAGUGUCUGCAUGCUUGUUAUGAGAACAUUCUCUGCAAGUCUCAUGCAAAAUGAGCGUGUUCAAGACUGGCUAGAAGCAUAUCGGAGUUUACUGAACAGUUGGAAAUUGUGGACCCAGAGAGCACUUUUUGAUGUUGAGCUGAGUCAAUGCCAGACCAACGUGAAGCAACCAAAGCAGCAAGUCUACGUCUCAUGCAAUUUUUGUGGAAAAAGCAUUUCAGCCUUUGUCAACAAUGUGCUUCGAAACCGAAUGGCAAGAUUGGGUUCGUCAUCUAGUAAUAAUAAAUUUAAGAUAUCAUCAUGUCCAAAUUGUCGGAAGCCUCUGCCUCGAUGCGCCAUAUGCUUGGUCCACAUGGGUACACCUUCUGGAGCAAGGUCGUUGGGCCGAAUGCCCCAAGAUGAAAAAUUAUCCGAAUUUUCCUCCUGGUUCACUUGGUGUCAAACUUGUCGGCACGGAGGUCAUGUGAACCACAUGAGCCAAUGGUUUCGAGAACACCAAGAGUGUCCAGUCACUGCGUGCACCUGCCGCUGCAUGAGUCUUGAUGCUGUUGCACCACUAAGAAAUGCCAGUGGUUCCAAAAGAUAACGUUGAGGAGGCUGG